CAAGCAGCAGCUUUAACAGCGCUAUUCUUUAAAGCACAGACGUUCAAAUCAAGUUGCCAGUUCCGCAACGACAGAACGCAGCAGUCUACCGCCGUCAUCGGACCAAAGCGAGAAGGGAGUAGGCUGAGUCGCAGCACCAUAUCAGGCACGGAGCAAGCAAGCAAGCAAGGUCAUUGGAAUCACGGGGAAUGAGGACCGCGCCACCGUCGUGUUGGGGCGAGGGCCCGGUGCGCGUGGUGUGGCAGCUGUACCUGCUGCUGUGGAAGAACCUGCUGGUGACGCAGCUCUACCACCACUACAUCAUCACGGCGAUCGAGCUGCUGCUGCCGGCACUGCUGUCGUACUUGUACGGCGUGCUCGAGCUGGACUUCUCGAACGCGCUGCCGGCCAAGGAGGACGGUACGCGCCGGCGCACGCUCCGGGACGCCUUCCUCGUGUACUGGUCAUCGGAACCGGAGCCUUACUUUCCCGCCGAUAUGAUCCAGAAGACCGCGACGGCUACCAAGCCUCCAGUACCGAGCAAGAACGCCACGGACGAGAAGGUGAACCUGCUGUACAAGGAAGGGCUCUCCGGCCACGUGCUCGCCUCUCUGCCCUUCGUGCUGAUGAUGGGAAUGCCUCUGCCGGGUUUCGCGUACAGGGUCUCCAUGGAGCUCAACAGCGGUGUCAAGGAGCUGAUGGAGGCUUACGGCGUCACUAGCACCGUCUACUGGCUCGGCAAUCUGCUUGUGGAGCUGGUCAAGCUGAUGCUCAUCGCCGUGUCCGUCACGCUGCUCUGGAGCUACACGGAGCUGUUCAAGGGCACCGCCACGGACGUUCAGCUGCUCCUCCUCGCGUUCUUCUUUGCCUCGUCGCUCGCUCUCUGCCUGCUGAUCGCGAGCUUCGCGACCAGGCCGGGCGUGGCCGCCUUGUCGGUGGUGGUGAUGACGCUGACGACGACGCUGCUCCCGGUGGUGUCCCUGGUUGGCUACUCGGUCGAGUACAUCGACAUGACGCGCAUGCUGCAGCUACUGAGCUGCCUCGUCCCGGACGUAGCCCUGACGUACGCCUUCACCAUUAUGCACAUCAACGAGGAGUUGGGAGGACACCUCAUCACGCUCGAAAACAUGAGGAACUUCGUGCUGCGCGACGUGUCGCUCUUCAAGAUGGCGCACGCCAUGAUGGCCACCUUGGGCGGCUGCCUCGUGCUCACCAUGUACGUCGACAGGGUCUGGCCCGGCGGAGACAGCUUCCCCGAGAGGCCGCUGUUCUUCGUCGACCCCGACUAUUGGGGCAUGAAGUACCAGCUGUUCAGCUCUACACCGAGCGUCCGGCGUAUGAGCGCCGAGAAGUUCACCACGGAACCAGUGCCACCGGAUUUGCAGCCUUUCGUGGUUCUCCACAAGCUGUCCAAAAACGUCAUCACGCUGUUGCGGUCGGUGCCGGUCCUGAAUAAGGUGAGCAUGAAGAUGUACGCCGAGCACGUCACCGUGCUCCUGGGCACCAAUGGCAGCGGCAAGUCGCUCAUCUUGAAGAUCGUGAGCGGUCUGUCGAGGCCCCAUGGGGGCACCGUGUGCGUGGGCAGCGGCUACGACGUGCGCAAGGACCUGUGGCACAUCCGCCACCUGCUGGGCUACUGCCCGCAGACCGAUGCGCUGCUGGACGAGCUGAGCAUCGAGGAGAACCUGUUCUUCUUCGCGCGCCUGCGCCGAAUGGGCAGGCGCAAGGCGGCGAGCGAGGCGCAGAUCUCGCUCUACGAGUUCCAGCUCUUCAACCGGCGCAAGGAGAGGGUGCGGCACCUCAAGUACAGCGACCGACGCCGCCUGCAGCUCGCCAUCGCCAUGGUCGGGUCGCCCGCGGUAAGUCGAAGCCUCUGCCGGAGCGUCUGA